UGGGGGAACACCGAGAUCACAGUGUUGGGGAGUCACAGGUAUACAUAGGUUUUGGGAGGCAAAGGAUAGUAGUGUGUAGUUUUAACACAUCUAUAUAAGGGAUAUAGUCGAUUUUUUCCCCCUACUUCUCAAGCUGCCUCCUAUAAAAAUUACUCUAAUAUAUAAAAUAUUAAUAAUAUCUUAUUUUUAUUACAAAUGACAGGGUUGGAAAUAUUCAUUAUUAAUGGCCGUAAAAACACGUGGCAUACGCGAUGAAUGGGCCUAGAUUUUAAUUUUAACUAUUUUUACCUAUUUGUCUUCUGGGUGCUGAAUUUAUUUUUUUCGCAAGUUUGUGUCUCUGUGUGUGUGUGUUCAAAUUGAAUCCCUAUUUACCACACCGCAAUAGUUGGUUGCUGAUUGCGGAGCCUUACUAUUUUAAAAAGAAGGAUUACUUAAACUGCCAAGGUUCAGCAGGUGAUCGUGAUUUCAGUCGAGAUUUUUACGAUCAAACGGGAAUUAGCAACCACUAAAGGAUGCAGACGCCGGGUGUAGGCAAAGCGGCCAAUGUGCUGGUGGGCAAAGCCCUUGGUACAAAUGGGACAGGCUCAAGCAACCAAAGCCUAGGUUCUGUGUGCCAUCCAGCACAAAUGACAGAGGCCAUUGUUCUCUUCACGAUCGCUGCUCUAGGAAUGGGCGCAAACAUGUUCCUCAUGCUGCUUAUUGUGUUCAAAAGACCUUUAAGAAGAUGGUCCCAAGGACUACUUUUCCAUCAAGGUCUCGUUGAUUGUGGUAGGGCAAGUCUUCUACUUCUCCUAGGUGUUGGAGUAUUAUUUUGUCAACGGUUGCCUAAGUGCAACAUUAUAGAAACAGCAUUCCUAUUACUGGUGACAGUUUCGACAGUCAACAUGCUGACUUCCGUCAUCAAUGACGCCUCCUUGUUGCCCGAUCAAGAUUUUCAGCAUCCACCACAGCAAUCCAGCCCUCAUCGCCAUCACUACCACCAUCAAAAUCCGAUACAUCCGAACCAAGACCUAACUGGAUCGUCCACUGUAUCCUUGGAUUCGCCGCAGUGCAUAGUUUUUGGUCUUUUCAUAAUCUGGUUCGCCAGCUUCACUAUUAAUUUAGGACCCACCUUGCUUAGCGGGGCCUUGACCAGCUCCAGAGAUACAGCAGGGCACGUUGAUGCCUGCCCUAUGGUCUAUGGCCCCGUUAGGCACUACGUGCUCAAUGUCCUCUGGGUCACAGUAAACGUGAUGUGCGCGGCACUUACUGGAGUUCACCUCAGAAAGCUAUACAGGGAUUUGACAAGGUCAAAUCUAGAAGCAGUUAGGAUAGCAGGUUUAGUGACAACCAUGAUAUCCGUCAGAUCAGAUCCCCAUGACGCAUCUUGCAACGAAUCUCAGCAGAUUCAAAGCUACAUUCACCGCCUGGAACAAGAAGGCAUUCGAAGGGUGAAGAGCUUUGCAAUCAUCUUAGCAGCAUAUGUCCUAUUUUGGGGCCCACUGUUCACCCUAACUUUAAUCCAGCCCGGUAGACCCGGCUAUGCCAUAACCUAUGAAAUUACUCUGCACGUUGCCUUCGUUCAUGCCUUUGUGAAUCCCACUCUGCUGUUGAUGUUGCAUAGGGAUUUGAGAAAUGUCGCCUCGGAUUUUCCUUGCUGUGGAAGUAGUUGGUCCGGAAAUGACUGUAGUGCAUCAAACAACCUCAACGGUAGUCACACACCUUCUACUGAUAUGGCAAGAGCCUGCCGACUGAACAGGGGAUAUAUGGAAACGACCAUCUGACAACAACUGCAAGCACGGGACGACCUCACCGUGUUUUCUGCCACCGCCCAAUACGACGACGAAGGGUCAUUACCCGUGGUACCACCUCCGCCUCCACCGAGAUCAAGUGCCAGCUCUCCCCGACAUCACCAUCACCGUCACCACGAUGAGCACCAGAUGGCGACCCUCAGUAGCACUAACCACCUUCUGAACCCAGGCGAUGCCGUAGUUGACGAUGAAGAUACCGCAAGCAGCGUGGACCCAGAGACUAUACAAUCCUACCAAAUAUUGCAGUGGGAGUCGCAACUACCAGAUUAUGGAAAGCAUGCUUCAAACGGAAAUGUUAUGCAAUGAAGUUAUUUCAAUUGGAACUCCGAUACAAUGUGAUUUCUUCUGAGACCUUUUGGAUAUUAUAAUACUGCUUAGCAAUACCAACUAUCAUAGACAAACAUAAGUUUAAAAUAAAUUUGUUCAAGCCCACUAAAGGACCAGUAUUUCUGUUGUUAUGAUUGUUUAACCGCUGACGCUUGGAUAUCUCCUUUGGACUUGCACUUCUGGUGAGUGUAUGAUUGGAAAUACCCCUUAAUUCUAGAAAUUUAUCUUUAAGAAUGUACAGCAUAUUAUAUAGAAGAAAUGAAUAAUUCCAACAAUUAAAAAAAAUUGACUAAA